CGGCUCGCGCUCUGCGCUUAGCCCGCCCGGCGCCGCAGCCGCUCCGGGUCAUCCGAGUCCUCCGCGGGCGCCGAGCCCGCCGCGCGGAGCCCAUGGAACCGGCGCGGGGCGAGCUCCGUGCGAGCGGCGGGGCCGAGUCGCUGCUGGGCGAGCUGGAGGUGCGGGUCCAGGACGUGGUGAGGGUGAGCUCGUGGUGGGAGCGCCACGGCGUGGACUGCGCCAUCCUCGCGCUCAGCCUCCUCGCCUUGCCACCCGGGUUCCUGUGCCUGCGCUCUGAGAAUCUCCUGGUCUUUGCCCUGGGCGUCACCAUCCUGGGUGUGUGCCACUACACGCUCACUGUCAAGGGCAGCCACCUUGCCACUCAUGGUGCCCUCACCGAGUCCAAACGCUGGAGCAAGAUCUGGGUGCUUUUCUUUGUGGAGGUAUGCACGUCCUUCACUGCAGAGCACGCCAAGUACGGACACGUCAAGAUGCACCAUGGCUACACCAACGUGCUGGGCCUGGGGGACUCAAGCACAUGGAGGCUGCCUUGCCUCAACCGCUACGUCUACAUGUUCCUCGCUCCUCUCUUGAUCCCCAUCAUAACCCCACUGGUGGCUGUCGAACGGCUGAGAGAGGUGGAGCUCGGGACAGCCCUGCGGACGCUUGGCCUGAUUUCCCUGGGCCUUUAUUCUCACUACUGGCUGCUGCUGAACGUGUCUGGCUUCCAGAGCCCCAGCUCAGCCCUGGUCUGCAUGCUCAUCACCAGAUCCCUGCUGGCCCACCCUUACCUUCAUGUCAACAUCUUCCAGCACAUCGGGCUGCCCAUGUUCUCCCGGGACAAGAAGCCGCAACGCAUUCACAUGAUGAGCCUGGGGGUGCUUAACCUGCCCCGGCUGCCCGUGCUGGACUGGGCGUUCGGCCACUCCCUCAUCAGCUGCCACGUGGAGCACCACCUCUUCCCCAGGCUCUCCGACAACAUGUGCCUGAAGGUGAAGCCCGUGGUGUCCCAGUUCCUCCGUGAGAAGCAGCUGCCGUACAACGAGGACUCCUACCUGGCUCGCUUCCGGAUGUUUCUCCACCACUACGAGGAGCUCAUGGUGCAGACCCCUCCCAUCACAGAGCUGGUGGGGCUGCAGUGAGGGGCGGGCCGGCGCAGUCACCCCGCUCUCCCUUCCGGGCCCACCCCCCGGGGCUGGGAGGGCGCGUGCCCUUGCCCAGUGGGUGCGGCUCGGUUGCCUGGAGGUGGGCAGUGAGACGGGGAGCUCAUGCUGGGGGGCCCGGGGGCCACCUGCCCUGCUUGCUUUUCCGGGUUUUGAGGAAUACCUGGAGGAAAGGAAUAAAGGUGGCUGGGCAUUCCGGUCAGUCUGGACCUCAGCCAACUUCAUCUCAGGA